GCCCGCUGCUCGGCGUGCCGGGAGGGCGGCCCGGGACGCGCGCUUUUGUUCUUCUGAAACGCCGACACUGAGGCCGUGAUUAGGAGCCUCUUUGGACCCUGUGAGUUAGCCUGAACCUUUCAUGCCCCAGCGGCCUCGGUGGAGCGCCCGUACUUGGCUGGUGACAUUUGACUCCCCCCAGCGGCCCCCUCCCCGGUGAUAAUUCGACGAGUUUGACAGGUUGAGGUAGUGGGUUAAGUUGCCCAUCGGUUGGAGCUCAGUUGACUUCGUGAGGACGCUGGCCCUGCUCUUAGAGGUGGUGCUGUUAGGGCCGGUUUCACUCUCUCUUAAAACUGCUGGGGGGAGCCGGGCGCAGAUGUGUUGUUUCUGUUCAAAUCGAACCGGCUUUAGGUGAUCACCCUGGAAGAUGUUUGGCGGCCGUGGCAGAGGGGGCCUGGGAUCAGGGAUUUCUAAAGGUGUUUGAUUUGAGAAGGAUGACAUUACAUGAUGUAGGUUGUUUGCUCUCCCCCCCCCUUUUUCAUUCCCCCUUUCCUUACCCUCCUACCUGCAUUUUGAGGGCGGGGUGGGGUUUUUUUGUUUUGUUUUUUGCCAGUUUGGCAACACUACUACUUCUGGGGCCCGGACUGAAAAGCUGACCGUGACCAACCAUUAAACUGUGGAAUAGUCUCUCCAAGUGAAUGAAGCCCAUCGACUGAGAGACCAUUAAAACUGGAUUCUGCAAAGCCCUGGAACAUGACUGUAGGGAUGACCCCUGAGCUGGCCAGAAUGGACACGUUAAUGACCAAAUAGAGGCCUUUUUCCAUCCCUGACGUUUCCGUCUGGAGUUAGAUCUAGAAAACAAGGAGUCGUGCAGGGAGGGUUCCCAGGGCAGAUCAGGGCCCGAUCUGAUGGCUCCGUGCUUUGCUCAAACGUGAUGUGCCUUUAAACCGUGGUUUAUAUCGAAUGUCCCCUGAGUUAAUCAGGCUUGCUUUUCCAAAGUGUUACUUGUGACCUUUAUUAUUAAAGUUUGAUAAGCGAUGAAGUCUGAGCUCUUUAUACAGUUUUCCGUAUCAUUCUGUACAUGGUUUGAGUUAGGUCUUCCAGAGCUGGUGGGGAGCAAACGCUACACAUGGACAUGUGUAAUGUUUUAAAAUAAUCUACAUUUGUAAGUUAAGGAGGUUUACAUCAAAGUAAAAUUAAUUUUGAAGUUCCAUAAAAUGCAGUGACUUGGCUAUGCUGGAAUUUUUGGCCUUUUCCCUGUAAAUUUUUUUUUUACAUUAACAUUUUUGGUCCCCAUUACAAAAGUCAGCAUUAGAAAAUUAGGCAGACUUUUGUUUGUCUCCAUUUGUUUUUGAAACCCUAAAUCUGAGUGUUUUAAGUAAAAUUCACCAACUCACUUAUUAUGCGACAGUUACACAUUCACAGCAUCUUCAUUGAAUCUUUUAUGUUCAAAGCAUAGCAGGAAGUGCUCACAUUCUUAAUUUGGCUAAAGCACCUCUUGGUCCCUGUAAGAAAAACAAGGAUGUGUCUUCAUGUAUGUCAUUUCCUGGAGGUAUAAAGUUCAGAAGGAAAUACCGAUUCUGCAUCUACUAAUAGUUUUGCUCUGUUUCCAGUGAACCUCCUUAAACUGCACGUAUAUGUCACUGUUCCUAUGUAUGUGUGUCUCUCUAUCACAUAACCCAGCACUUAUUUCCUCAGCCUAGUGGCUAGGGGGCGAGCCUAGCCACGAUUUUACCUCCCAUGGACGCAAGUCUCUUGGUGAAGAUCUCUCCUGAGAGUUCGGGACUAGCAGAAAGAAGCGAGGAAAUUUCGACCGUUUGGUUCUUACGGAUAGGUAUUUAUGUAUUCGGUUUGUGUGAAUGUAAGCUAUGAUAUUUGACUUCUCAGAAAAAAAGAUUUUUUUUUGCAAGUGGCACUGAAUGGUUGACCAAACCAUCAUGGUAAGAGCUGCCAGUGAAAUGGAUAACAUUUAUGCUAAUAAAGGAUUGUUUGCCUUUAAUUAUAAGUUUUAUCAUACUGUAGAGAGGAAUUUUGACUUUGUUAAGAUAAUUUGAGUUUAAAAGUAGGUGAGAUAUGACUAGCAAAAUUAAAUAUAAAUCUCAGAAGAGUUUUUAUGUUUGUUUUAAUAUUUUUCUUUAUUUUAAUUGGUAAGUAUAUAUAGAUAUAUAUAAAAUAUCACACACACGCCAAUCUAGACAUUAAUUUCUUUUUAUUGACCAGCUUGUUCACAUUACAGAUAUGAUGGGCGUGGUCACCUGCAUGACCUUUCUGAGUAUGAUGCUGAGUACUCCACGUGGAACAGAGACUACCAGCUGUCUGAAGAGGAGGCACGAAUAGAUGCCCUGUGUGAUGAAGAGAGAGGAAGAAUACAAGCGGUUGAGUGAAGCCCUGGCAGAGGAUGGGAGCUACAAUGCCGUGGGGUUCACGUACGGGAGUGAUUAUUAUGACCCGUCAGAGCCAACGGAGGAGGAGGAGCCUUCCAGACAGCGCGAAAAAAAUGAGGCUGAAAAUUUAGAGGAAAAUGAAGAACCCUUCAUUGCCCCUUUAGGAUUGAAUGUCCCGUCUGACGUGGAGCUGCCACCAACAGCCAAGAUGCACGCCAUCAUCGAGCGCACGGCCAACUUCGUGUGCAAGCAGGGGGCCCAGUUUGAGAUCAUGCUGAAGGCCAAGCAGGCCCGGAACUCGCAGUUCGACUUCCUGCGCUUCGACCACUACCUCAACCCCUACUACAAGUUCAUCCAGAAAGCCAUGAAGGAGGGGCGGUACACGGCACUGGCAGAAAACAAACGUGAAGAGAAGAAAAAGCCAGGGGUCAGCUCGGACAAUGAGGACGAUGACGACGAGGAAGAUGGGAAUUACCUGCACCCGUCUCUCUUCGCCUCCCAGAAGUGCAACCGCCUCGAGGAGCUGAUGAAGCCCUUGAAGGUGGUGGACCCAGAUCACCCGCUGGCAGCACUUGUCCGCAAAGCACAGGCUGACAGCUCCGCCCCCGCCGCCCAGACGGCAGACGGCGCGCCCGCACAGCCCUCCCAGGUGGAGUACACGGCAGACUCCGCGGUGGCAGCCAUGUAUUACAGCUACUAUAUGCUGCCAGACGGCACCUACUGCCUGGCACCUCCCCCUCCGGGCAUCGAUGUGGCCACUUACUACAGCACCCUUCCUGCUGGCGUGACCGUGUCCAGCUCCCCCGGGGUGACGACCACUGCCCCUCCACCUCCCGGGACCACACCACCGCCCCCACCAACCACGGCCAAAACAAGCAGUGGGGCCACCUCCACGACCACCACCACAAGUGCACUUGCCCCCACGGCCGCCAUCAUCCCCCCGCCCCCCGACGUCCAGCCUGUGAUCGACAAGCUGGCAGAGUACGUCGCCAGGAACGGCCUAAAAUUUGAGACCAGCGUUCGUGCCAAGAAUGAUCAAAGGUUCGAGUUCCUGCAGCCCUGGCACCAGUACAACGCCUACUACGAGUUUAAGAAGCAGUUCUUCCUGCAGAAGGAGGGGGGUGACAGCACACAGGCUGCGUCAGCGCCAGAGGAGGCUCCUGCAGACGCUGCUCCCGAGAAGCCAGAUGACGCCGGGGAGGGUGGCGUGCCGGAGGACGCGGCUGAGGCGGGAGGACGCGCAGGCGGGAAGAAGGAGGCGGCGUCCGGCAAGACCGCCCCGGACGGGAAGCUGGUGAAAGCUUCAUUUGCUCCAAUAAGCUUUGCAAUCAAGGCCAAAGAAAAUGAUCUACUUCCCCUGGAAAAAAAUCGUGUUAAGCUAGAUGAUGACAGUGAUGAUGAUGAAGAAAGCAAAGAAGGCCAAGAAAGUUCUAGUAGUGCUGCACACACUAACCCGGCAGUUGCCCCACCCUGUGUAGUUGUUGAGGAGAAGAAGCCUCAACUUACCCAGGAGGAGCUAGAAGCAAAGCAAGCAAAGCAAAAGCUGGAGGACCGCCUUGCAGCUGCUGCCCGGGAAAAGCUGGCCCAGGCGUCUAAGGAGUCGAAGGAGAAGCAGCUUCAAGCGGAACGUAAAAGGAAAGCAGCAUUAUUUUUACAGACCUUAAAAACUCCUCUGUCAGAAGCAGAAGUUGGGAAAGCUGAGGAGAGUGCUUUCAGCGUGGAGGAGGCCAGUGCCGGGCCCUGUCCUCUGCUGACUGGGGGCCGACCUCCGCCUGCUGUAGAAGUGAAACCACCCGAAAGGCCUUCAAGCAAAAGCAAAGAUCCACCAAGAGAAGAAGAGAAAGAAAAGAAAAAGAAAAAGCACAAAAAGAGAUCUCGAACAAGGUCGCGAUCUCCGAAGUACCACUCGUCAUCCAAGUCCAGAUCUCGGUCCCACUCAAAAGCAAAGCAUUCUCUGCCCAGUGCCUACCGCACGGUGCGGCGGUCUAGGUCCCGCUCCAGGUCCCCUCGGAGGAGAGCCCACUCCCCCGAGAGACGGAGGGAAGAAAGAAACGUCCCCACCGCCUACCGUGUGGGCAGCAGCCCCGGGGCCAGCCGGAAACGCACCCGCUCCAGACGCUUUCCUUCCAGAAGUCCCCAUGAGAAGAAGAAGAAGAGGCGGUCCCGGUCUCGGACCAAGUCCAAGGCCAGGUCCCAGUCGGUGUCCCCGAGCAAGCAGGCAGCACCCCGGCCUGCGGCCCCCGCGGCCCACUCGGCCAGCAUCUCUCCCGUGGAGAGCCGGGGCUCCAGCCAGGAGCGUUCCAGGGGCGUUUCUCAGGAAAAAGACGCUCAGAUCUCCUCGGCGAUCGUCUCCUCCGUGCAGAGCAAAAUAACUCAGGAUCUCAUGGCCAAAGUCAGGGCAAUGCUCGCAGCCUCCAAAAACCUGCAAACCAGUGCCUCCUGAGACCCCGCGCACCGAGGUCGGAGAUGGCAGAGCGCCGGCCGGAGCUUCCGCCCCGGGACUCCCGCGGACAGUCGGUGGCUUUUGUAAAUUAAUUUUUGAUGACAUUUUCAGUUUAAGAUUUUUGACCAGCAGUCUCUUACCUGUAUAUUUGUAAAUAAUAUCAUGUUUCUGUGAAAAUGUAUUAUCAAAUAAAAUGGGAGGAAAACACCUUUUCUAGCUA